GCUUCGAUUUGCAUGCAGCCUGGAUACAGAAAUGCCUGGAAAACAUUCUGGAGAGGCCCAGGGAAGGCAAGCGACAGUCGGAAAGUGGCAGUGCCGCGCCGGGGCUAGGACCCAGGUCCCCGCUACGACCAGAGCCCACGUCACCCAGACUCCACCCCCGGGUCGGCGUCUGAGCAGAGCCCCCGCAGUUUCCAAGCCCGCCCCGCGCCCCCUGGUGCGCACACUCAGUGCGACCCCGCCGGCGCACCGCCCACCCAGGUCCUCCAGCCCCAGCGGCUGUGCUCGCGGGGUAAACUGAGGCAGGGGGCGUGCUUGUGAGUUCGUUCCUUCCUCGAUCCACACCCCAGGACCCGCAAAGCUGCCUCCCCCUUCUUAGACCCGCAUGGAACAACAGGAAAGGACGGGAGGAAGGGGAGGGGGGCCAAAAGCAAGCAGGAUCUGGGGAGCUGGCAGGUCCUGCCACACUCAAGAUGGCGGCGCGGCAGCGGCGAGGUCCCUCAGAGGCGGUACCAGCGCAUGCGCAGCGCGGAGUCCCGGCCCGGGACACAAGAUGGCGGCAGCGGCGCUGGGGAGGGCGAGGCGGAGGCGGCAAAACGGGCGGUCGAGCAGAACGUGUAGCUGCGUCCCCUCGAGUCCGCUCCGGGCAGUUACUGAUGCAAGGAUUCCCCUGGGGUUCCGUCCACUCCACUGCUGACCAGCCCACCCACCUGCGCUGAGCCUUCCGGCAGGCGUCCCCCUGCCUCUGUGGGACCCUGUGACUUGGGGUCCAUCUGGCCGGAGAAGAAAACCCUCUCAUGCUAGCAUUGCAGACCCCAGAGGGUGAGAAAAAGAGGGACCUCGUUCAGCCUUGAGACCUAUGAGCUCAGCCCCCAAGGAACCAGGAGUCCCUUCUCCCCAGAGAACCAAAGCACCGACAGCUCUUUCUCCCCUGGGUCCGGUGCGGGUGCUGAGAUGGCCAAUGAGAAUCACGGCAGCCCCCGGGAGGAAGCGUCUCUGCUGAGUCACUCCCCCAGCACCUCUAAUCAGAGCCAGCCCUGUUCUCCAAAGCCCAUCCGCCUGGUGCAGGACCUCCCAGAGGAGCUGGUGCAUGCGGGCUGGGAGAAGUGCUGGAGCAGGAGGGAGAACCGCCCCUACUACUUCAACCGCUUCACCAACCAGUCCCUGUGGGAGAUGCCCGUGCUGGGCCAGCAUGACGUGAUUAUUGAAAUCCCUGUGACACCCACGGGCCCAUCGGUGCCUAGCUCCCCCAGUGUGCCAGGAACCCCAACACUGAAGAUUUGGGGGACGUCCCCUGAAGAUAAACAGCAGGCAGCUCUCCUCCGACCCACAGAGGUGUACUGGGAUCUGGACAUCCAGACCAAUGCUGUCAUCAAGCACCGGGGGCCUUCAGAGGUGCUGCCCCCACAUCCCGAGGUGGAACUGCUCCGCUCCCAGCUCAUCCUGAAGCUUCGGCAGCACUACCGGGAGCUGUGCCAGCAGCGAGAGGGCAUUGAACCCCCUCGGGAAUCUUUCAACCGCUGGAUGCUGGAGCGCAAGGUCGUGGACAAAGGCUCAGACCCCCUGUUGCCGAGCAACUGUGAACCAGUGGUGUCGCCUUCCAUGUUUCGUGAAAUCAUGAAUGACAUUCCCAUCAGGUUGUCCCGAAUCAAGUUCCGGGAGGAAGCCAAGCGCCUGCUUUUUAAAUACGCAGAGGCUGCCAGGCGGCUCAUCGAGUCCAGGAGUGCAUCCCCCGACAGCAGGAAGGUGGUUAAGUGGAAUGUGGAGGACACCUUCAGCUGGCUGCGCAAGGACCACUCAGCCUCCAAGGAGGACUACAUGGAUCGCCUGGAGCAUCUGCGGAGGCAGUGUGGCCCCCACGUCUCGGCUGCGGCCAAGGACUCUGUGGAAGGCAUUUGCAGUAAGAUCUACCACAUCUCCCUGGAGUACGUCAAACGGAUCCGAGAGAAGCACCUUGCCAUCCUCAAGGAGAACAACAUCCCAGAGGAGGGGGAGGCCCCAGAGGUGGAGCCCCGCCUGGUGUACUGCUACCCAGUACGGCUGGCCGUGUCUGCACCCCCCAUGCCCAAUGUGGAGAUGCAUAUGGAGAAUAAUGUGGUCUGCAUCCGGUAUAAGGGAGAGAUGGUCAAGGUCAGCCGCAACUACUUCAGCAAGCUGUGGCUCCUUUACCGCUACAGCUGUAUCGAUGACUCUGCCUUUGAGCGGUUCCUGCCCCGAGUCUGGUGUCUUCUCCGACGGUACCAGAUGAUGUUCGGUGUGGGCCUCUACGAGGGAACAGGCCUGCAGGGAUCGCUGCCCGUGCACAUCUUCGAGGCCCUCCACCGUCUCUUUGGCGUCAGCUUUGAGUGCUUCGCCUCGCCCCUCAACUGCUACUUCCGCCAGUACUGCUCUGCCUUCCCCGACACAGAUGGCUACUUUGGCUCCCGCGGGCCCUGCCUGGACUUCUCCCCGCUGAGUGGUUCCUUUGAAGCCAACCCUCCAUUCUGCGAGGAGCUCAUGGAUGCCAUGGUCUCUCAUUUCGAGAAACUGCUCGAGAGCUCACCAGAGCCCCUGUCCUUCAUCGUGUUCAUCCCCGAGUGGCGGGAACCCCCGACACCGGCGCUCACCCGCAUGGAGCAGAGCCGCUUCAAACGCCACCAGCUGGUCCUGCCUGCCUUCGAGCAUGAGUACCGCAGUGGCUCCCAGCACGUCUGCAAGAAGGAGGAAAUGCACUACAAGGCUGUCCACAACACGGCAGUGAUCUUCCUACAGAACGACCCUGGCUUUGCCAAGUGGGGGCCGACGCCUGAGCGGCUGCAGGAGCUAAGCACCGCCUACCGGCAGUCAGGCCGCGGCCAUGGCUCCAGUUCUUCCUCAUCCUCCUCCUCAGAGGCCAAGGACUGGGACUCAGGCCGCGAGCAGGGCCCUAGCCGCGAGCCUCACCCCACUUAACACAUUCUGCGGGGAGGAGGAGCCCCAGGGUGCUGGUAUGGACUGCUGGGACUCAGGCCUUUUGGGGCUGAGCAGACCCCAGGAUCCUCCCCCUGGGGUGGCAGCAGGACUCAGGCUGCCAAUGACAUAGGAAGAUGAUGGCUCUGCCAGGGCUCCCCCUCCCUGCCCAAUCCCCCACCUUCCCACGUCAGAUUCUCUCCAAGUCCCCUGUAAAUAGGCCCCAUGCCUUCCCUUCCUUCCCUCCAUCCUGUUGCCUCGUUUCAUUUGUAAAAGGAAAUACAGAAACCCCCCCGAGAA